AUGAGUAAUAUGAAAUUCUUGAUAUACGCUGAAGAUGGUAACAAUGAUUUAUUAGACAAGGAUAUUAUUUCUGGAAAUUUAAGAUCCGAGAACAAAUAUGAUGAUGUUAAAGAAAGAAUAGAACAAAUUUAUAAUGUGGGAAAAUGUAUAGGCGGAGGUGGAUUUGGGGAAGUCUAUGCUGCUAAAAGAAUUGCUGAUCAAAAAUUGGUUGCCUUGAAAAUCAUUAAAAAGGAAAAAAUAUCCCAUUGGGUUGAGGCGAAUGCACGACAAAUUCCCCGCGAGAUAGCUCUUUUACACAAAGUAAGACAUAUUCCCGGAUGCAUAAGAUUAUUGGAUUUUUACGAAUUCAAUCAUUUUUAUAUCAUAUCUACACAUCGACCAGAAUAUUGCAUAGAUCUUUACGAUUACAUAACACAGUAUGGCCCUUUAAAAGAAUCGCUAGCAAGAAAAUAUUUUUCCGAAAUUCUGCAGACGAUAAUAGCGUGUUCUGAAGUUGGGGUGGUUCAUUUAGAUAUUAAGGAUGAAAAUAUUCUGAUAGACGUUAAAAAUAAUCGGCUCAUUCUUAUAGAUUUUGGAUCUGGAAAUAUUCUCGACAACAACACCUCUACUUACACGAAAUUUGAAGGCACAAUGGUUUAUAGCCCUCCAGAAUGGAUUAACAACAAAUGCUACGACGCGAUUCCAGCAACUGUCUGGUCCCUGGGAAUUUUGUUAUAUGACAUGCUUUAUGGUGAUAUUCCCUUCGAAACACCUUACCAAAUAUGUCAAGCCAGAAUAUUUUUCGGCAACAAGCCUGUUUCUUCAGAAGGUAAAGACUUAAUUAGCGAAUGCCUCAAUUUUGUACCUCACAAAAGACCAACCCUGAAUAGGAUCUCAUUGCAUCCAUGGCUAAACACCAGAAACAAUUAUAUAAACCGUUGUAUCAGAAGGGGCGAUACAAGACAGCCGACAGGUGAUGUAUCAAAUAUAGAAGAAGGCCAAGACAAUUUGCAUAAUAGUGUUGAGAGACUUUAAAAGACAUUAUAUUUAAAAUAAAUAUAUAUAUUUUUUUUUACAAAAUUAAACACAAAACUAACUACCUGUGAUAUUUCUUUUUGAUAAAUAUAUUUUUAAAUAUAUCUUAUAGGUUGUAUUAAAGUUUUUUUUGAAUGCCAAAUUAUCAAAAUGUGUAGGAAAACAAUCCUAACGCCGUGUCCUAGGUCGGCUUAGUAGCCAAAAAAGCAAAAAAAAACGAGAAUAAAAUAUCAAAAAUAACAAAAUGCCACCAAUUAUUUAAAAUAAACCAAAUUAGGGUGUUCUCGAAAGGCAAUUAAGUAUUCAAAUUAGGCUGACCUAGGGCACGGCUUAAGCGCUUAAAAUUUUUUUAUAUUAAAUAAUGCAAUGUUAGUUAUCUACAUAUUAAUUUACUAAAUGUAGUCUAAAUGCACCCAUGCCUUUAUUUUAUACUGAUUCUGAAUAUGUAGCCAUUAACCAAACUCAAAACAAUUAUUUAAAACAAAAUGCAACUAGUUUUAUAUAAUUUAGAUUU